GAAACUUACUAAGUUAAGUUUGCAAUUUGUUAUUGUUUUUUUAACACAGGAAAAAAAUAAUAAAUAUGUGAUAGAAAUUCAAGCUCGACCACCUGUAAAAUAUAAAAGUCCAGAUGUGAAACUGCUCCAGAGGGGUAACGUGUGUCGUCCUUUAUUUGGACUGAAUCUACUGAUGUUUGCAUCACUCAUGUGAAUGAGGUGCAAGUGUCUAAAUGAAGCACAUGACCACAGAGGAGACAUGUCCCUAAUCAACAGGAAGUAAACGCCACAUUACACUUUCUACUAAGAACCGAGAAGCAGAAAAGAGAAAGAAGAAGAAUGGAUGAAAUCAAACGUGUUAAAAAGUCUUUCCAUCUGCUACUGGUGCUGAUUCCAUUUACAGAGCUCGCUACCCCAUCUUCCUCCAUCAUCAUCAGAGCUGGAGCUGAAGCCACUUUGCCUUGUGACAAAGUGAGAGAUGAUCACGUGAACUGUGGAGCUGCUACCUGGCUCUUCACUUACUCAGUGUGGACUGGAGCAGUAAACCUGUUUGUAAACAGGCAGCUCGACACAUCUGAGAUUUCCAAAUCUAAAGCAGACAGACUGCGUCUUGCUGCAGACUGUUCUCUGGUUAUCAGGGAGGUCACAGCUGAAGAUGCUGGUCGAUACGAAUGCAGACAGUUCGACCUGAAAACACAAACACAUGAAGUUCAUCGGGUUUUGAUCUCUGUGGUCAACGUGACUGAGCACAGCAGAACUGAUGAGGUGACGUUGAGCUGCUUUCUGUCACCAUCUGUAAUCUGCACUGAAGUGAAGUGGCUGUAUAUGAAUUUAGAUGUGACUGAAAACAACACAGACCUGAAGACAUCACAGUCUUACUGCUCGGCCAAUGUGAGCUUCUCAAAAUAUAAGAUAAAGAACUAUAGCUCAUUAACAUGUAAAGUGAAGGAUUUUCACACUGAGGGAACGUUUUCCUUCAUCUCUCCAUCAUCAGAAGCAAAGAACAAACCAGCUGCAGGAAACAACGAGAUGACAACAGACUGGUGGUGGUACAUUCGUCUGGUUGUAGGUUUUGCCGCAAUGGUGACAUUGGUUGUGAUUCUCAUCGGAUGGAGAAGAAACAAGAUCCAGGGUGGUGAUGUUGCAGUGGCCUUCAGCACUGUGGAAGCUCCCUCCUCUUCUACUGGACCCUCAGCUGAUCCCAGCAGCCUCUAUUCCAACAUCACGUUCAUACAAUAGUAGAGUCUCAUCUGACAUCGAUAUAUUCAUAUUAGGAAUUAUUUGUUAAAACUUUCUGCUGUGAAAACAGAGUCACUCGUAAUAGUGUGAUUCUCAAUAGACAGAAAAGAAACAGAUGUGGGAACAGUCACAGAGGAACCUUUGAUUUAGUUUAAACCACUGCCAAGGCCCGACAGUCUGUACUGUUUACUAUAAAAAGUCACUUUUAUUGUGUAGACUGGAUUUAACCAGUUUUCUGCCAUUUUAUUGAUUCUUGAAGUUUGUCGUCCAAAACCUGGAAUAUUUGAUACUGUAUCUUCAUGUUCUUCUGAUCCGGCUGUUACUCUUAUACAUUACAAUGGUGACGUGUUAUUUGUGAGAAAAUUGUACUUUCUUGAUUCUUCCUGUUCUGGGUUUGUACCGUCUUGGUUGAUGCACUUAUUGUAAGACGGCUAAAUGAAAUGUAAGGAAGUGUAAUGUAUGAUGAUAUGAUGUGAAAGAUUGUCUAUGAACCUAUGUGUUGUAAAAAGCGUUUUGACCAGAGUGCCAGAAGGGGAAGCUAUACUUUAAGUUACCCUUGCAAUGUUUAAGUAAUAAUAAUAAUCAUAAAAUGGUAUAUCUUCAUAUAGAUAUCGUACGUUUAGCUUAAUGAACCGGAUUAUUAAUGCUCGAAUAUUGAUUAUUAGGUAUUUCCCAUUAAAUUAAACUUUGUACUGAAUAAUCAGUUAAUUUA